AUGGCUGUCGAACCAACCCAAAAGCCCAUCCACUCGCUUAUUCUGGACACUGGCCCACUGAUCAAGAACGUUGUCUCCAUCUCAACCAUCAUCAACUCUGCCGAGGAACUCUACACUACGCCAGCUAUCAUCUCAGAAAUUCGAGAUGAAGCGACCAGAAUGCGAGUGCAGACUACCUUGAUGCCAUUUCUGAAAGUGCGCAACCCCAGCCCCGCAAGCUACGACGCAGUCAUUGCUUUCAGUAAAAAGACUGGCGACCAUGCUGUGCUGAGUAGGCAGGAUUUGGGUAUCUUGGCGCUGGCGUACGAGAUUCACUGCGAGAGAAACAGCGGAGAUUGGGGCUUGAGGUCAGUGCCCAAGGGGCCGAUCAAGCUGAGACCAGAGGAGGAAGCCGAAGCGCAGAAACAGAGAGAGGCGAAGGAAGCAGCGAAGGCAGCUCAAGAGCAAGCAGCGUUGGAGAACGGUCAAGCGGACGAGGAGGAUGAGUGGUCGACCGUCACCAAGGGAUCUAAGAAGUCGGGAAAGAAGUCAAAGGGUCCGAAUAAGAAGAACAACAAGCCAGAGCAAGCACAGAGCCAGGCGGUUUCCGAGCAGCCAGCAACUGAGGCCGAGCCUCCUCUACUCUCCGAGGAGGCUGCAGUACAGGAUGCUACACAAGAGCAGCCAGCUGAGGUUGAAAGUAGCUUGGAGUCUACGCAGCAAGCACCCGCUUCCGCACCGGCUACAGAGUCGCUCGAGGUAGACCUCUCAUCGCUCGCCAUCUCGUCAGCUCAAGAGCCGCAGCAGCAACCUACGCCUCCUGCAUCUGAUGACGAGGAGGACGAUGAUGGUGAAUGGAUCACAGACGUCAACCUUCCUGAACACCAAGUCAAAGACUCUGGCCUACAGGCUGAUGUACGCGUUCAAGGCCCUACUCAGAUGGACGUAGCAAGCAUGACGAUUGAUUUUGCGAUGCAAAACGUGCUCCUCCAGAUGAACCUGAAGCUCAUCACGACCAACAUGCAACGCAUCAAGAAGCUGUCUUCCAAGGUGCUACGCUGCCACGCCUGCUUCCAGAUUGUCAAGGACAUGAGCAAGCAGUUCUGCCCGCGCUGCGGUGGCGCUACCCUCGCACGAGUGUCGUGCAGCACAAAUGCAAAGGGCGAGUUCCACAUCCACCUUGCGAAGAACUACACGUACAACAAGCGCGGUGACAAGUACAGCAUCCCCAAGCCGAUUGCAGGCACCGCGAAUACCAAGUGGAGCGGUCUCGGUGGUGGAAAGGGAGGAUGGGGAAGAGAUCUGAUUCUCGCGGAGGAUCAGAAAGAGUACACGAAGCAACUGGUCCAGGAUAAAAGGGAGAGGGCCAAGGAUCUCAUGGACCAGGAUUACCUGCCGGGCAUUCUCACGGGGGACCGCGGAAGGACAGGAGGCAGGCCAAAGGUUGGCGCUGGGAAGAACACCAACUCUAAGAAGAGGCAUUAA